AACCCUGCUCAUCCUCCUCCUCACAGCCCACAGCAGCUCCGAGAGGACGGACGGUGCCCCUCAUGUUGGAGGGCGGUAGUCUGCAGCUCUCCUCCUCUUCUCUCUCUCCCUCUCUCUCUCUUGUCGUCACGGCAGCCUCUCAGUCAGUCUGUGUCUGCCCGCCGGCUGCACCACCGUGUCUCUUAAAGCUCACACUAUAUACAUUACUAUAAACCAACCUUAUUAACGAGAUGGCUUCGGAUAACUUGGAGAUGAACGGUGAUGCUGACCGUAACGGCGAGCUGGCGGAGGUGCCGCUGCGAGACAACUGGGGGAGGCAACAGAGACCUCUGAACAUGAACCACUAUGCCAAUAAGAAGAGUGCAGCAGAGAGCAUGCUGGAUGUGGCUCUACUGAUGGCUAACGCCUCACAGCUGAAGGCUGUACUGGAGCAAGGAUCAGACUUCAGCUUCUAUGUGCCCCUUAUUGCCCUCAUUAGCAUCUCCCUCAUCCUACAAAUCAUAGUGGGAGUUCUGCUCAUCUUCAUAGUUAAGUGGAACCUGAAUGAUGCCAGCAUGCACUACAAGCUGAACAUCUUGGAGAACGUCGCCACAGCCUUCGUCUUUAUCAUAGUCGUGGUCAACGUCUUCAUCACGGCUUUUGGUGUCCAGCGGCCCAACACAGGUGGUUCUUGAUCACCCAUUACGUGACUCUCCGUGCCUGCUGAUCAACCAAGUAAAGAUGGACCUCCACACAUUAUUUAUGCAAAUGGACAGGAUAUUUAUUCACCUAACUGCAGGUGCACUUGCCUUUCUGUAAUUCGAACUCCCAGACUUGAGCAGACACAACCUACCCUGAGGAUCAGGUGACACGCGCGCGUGUGUGCGUGCGCGUGCGUGUGUGUGUGUGUGUGUGUGUGUGUGUGUGUGUGUGUGUGUGUGUGUGUGUGUGCGUGUGUGUGUAUGUGCAUGUGCGUGCGUAUGUGUCAGAGGAGUGGACAAAUGUUUGGUCAACUUUUAUUUCAUGUGGCAUGUUACACCAGUCUGUUAUGUGUUAUCAUGCUCAGAUUACUGAUGCAAAUAAAGGAUUGCCUUUACUUAUAAAACAAACUUAUCAGGAGCAAUACGUCAAUCACAACCAUUGUGAAUGUUUCCUGGGGAAAAAAAAGUCAUUCUACUGUUAUUUUGACAUUUGUCAGUAUCUGUCAGCGUAUGCCUACAUCUUUAGAAAAAGAAAUCACCAAAGCAUUAUCCAAAUCCUUAAUAGUAAGCGCAUCAGGAGCAGUCUUUGCCUACUGCUGCUGCUGCUCAUGAGGCGUUACAUGAUGUUACAGCUUUAUUGUGGGGACAAAUGUACCGUUUACACUGUUAUAAACCUCAACCAAUUACUGAAGUGGACCUUACAUGCUUUGUUUUUUAAGUACAAUGCAAAGUGUAGCUUGUAUUGUUUGAACUGAUUUACGUGUAUAUAUUAGUUAAUGUCUGUAAGUGUUUGUGUAUUGAAGUAUACGUGGCUACUUUUAGGCUUUUUUUAUCACUUUUUUUAAGGACCAAAUAUUUUCAAAGCUUUUACUACAUGAUCUAUUAGUACACACUGUGACAACUAUUUUAAAUGAAAUUUGUUAAUAAAACUACAGAAGCGAUA